AGCGUUGCCGAGGAGUGGUAGCUACUCGAGUAGAAGUCAGUACACAUGAUCAUCGACGAGGACGAUAUGCACAUGCGUAGCUGCAAUGGAAAGACGAGAAGGAUGAAAUAGUAUGUAAAACGCCAAACUAGGCAACAGUGGAAGCAUCGACAGUACUACCAGACGCAAUCCCGGCUCCGCUACUGCCAUGGCGUCAUUUGCCCCGCAGCAGCUUCCGGUGACUGCCCUCACGGACAUGGAUCUCAACCACUCCGCUGUUUUUGGAGCAGUCCUCCAGGAAGGUCACUCCCCCGAGACCGCCACGCGUGUUGCCGGCGAGAGGAUAGCGCAGCAGCGGUUGUUGCAGUGGGAGAGGGUGGAGUUGCCAAAGACGCUGACGCUUCACAUUCCCGCCAAGCAAGAAGUCAAAUCACCGUGGAGGAAACCGAACUAUUUACCUCCAGCUGCUGUUCCGCCUGCCGGAAGUGCUAGUUCUUUGCGCACAACAACCACAUUUACGCAACAUUCAAGAGCUAGAGCUGGUGCACCCACUAGUUUCAUGGCAGCUGGUUCUCCAAGUGCUACACCUGCACGACCUGUUCUAGAGACAACCGCUGCGCACGCGCAGGCUCGUUCACCUCCGAGCAAGUUUCAGCCGUGGUCAACUACAGCGACUGAAACAAACCCACAGGCCAUGACGUAUGUUCGGCCGUUCCAGGAAGUUGGCUUGGGCUGCUGCGAUGCCGACGACACGCGGCAUCUUCAUCAAUCGACACUUCCCGCCGUUUCUGAAUCCAGAUUAUCCGGUCAGAGAAACGAAAACGAAAUCGGCUUCGAGUUCGCGGGUGCGCGUGCUGCCAGUGGAGAACGGCCAAAGGAUCUACUCCAUCAUGCAGACGCCGCACCGACGGAAGCCGCCACGGAGGAGAUCGAGAGAAGCAGUUCUUCGACGAGCCACGAGGAUGGCGACGAGGUCGAAGAAGAAAUUUUGCGUUUGCGAGCGGAGUUGCAAAGUGCGCAGGAAGAUUUGGCCGAGGUAAGUAUCUAAACAGUGGAGGCGAGGAACAUCAACUCGCUUUAUCUUGUUCGCUUGGUUGUUGCGUAUUGUUUGUUGCUGCACGACUAGCGCAUCUUUACUAGCUAGAUCAUGUUUUCUCAAUACAAAACAGGACGAAGAGGCACUGCGCGUGAUGCUCCAAAUGAUUGACGAAACCGUGGAGAAAAGGGAGGCGAUUGUCGCUGGCACGGCAGAGGCUAUCAAGCGACUCAAUGAAGAACAACGGCGACAGAAGCGGAAGCGGGAAAAGAAGCAGAUUUCCAGCGUCCCAGCCGAAUUAGUGGACGAUGCGGGCAUCGAUGCGCUGGCGCCGACUUUCUCUACCGCCAGCGGUCGCCGAGGCACCGGUAUGGCAAGCAUUCCUGAAGACAUAUUUAAGGAGGACGAGGAACAGGCAGAGGACGCGGGAUCUUCAAAUUCAUGAGCAGUAGCAGCAAUACAAAUUUUUCGCAGAAUCUGUGCUGGAAACUAACAAGAUCGGCAUGACGAUUGCAACAGGCGUUUUCCACUUGCCUGUGCAAAUCCCCAUGCAUAAUUCUUCCAUCCUCUGUAGUACCAGUACGCUAGAGAAUAAACAUUUUCCUGCUCUACAAUGUACGUGGGCACUUUUUCUUUUGCGCUUGCACUCUCUCACUGCACCGUUUCUUGCUUACGAGAGGUCGAUUGGUUUUAUAGAAUGUAGUAUUCGCCAGGGACGAGACGAUGGUGACUUGUCCGCCACUUGAUAUCGUCCAAGGUGCAUGUCGCUUGAUGGUACUGAGAGCGCUCAUGUGUCGUUGCAAUGUCGCACGGGCACAACGAGUGCAGGUCUCUUUUUCACGAUCUUCGUCAUUUUUCGAUAGAACUAGAAGGCACGAGUUGAUGAGAAGUCGAUCAUUUGCAAUCGGAGCGC